UCGUGGCAAUUGGCAACGAGACUUUGGCAUGAGGAUUGCACGUGUGUCCGAAGCCCUGCAGCAUCCCUUGCCAUAGCACCAUGACUACCACCGCCACACAAGCCCAAUACUGCGCGUCGCCGCCGGUUAGCCGUUUUUAUGCACGGGGGAGUCUUCCCAUGGGGUCGAGCAGCGGGGAUACGGGCGAGGAUUCAUCAAGAGAAUCUACUGCCAGUUCAUGUGGCCACCCUACAAGUGAAUCUAGCGAUCCAGACGGAGCGAUGACAGAAGGAGAGACAUUCGAGACAAUAUCUCGGUUGGCCCAGGGUUCCAUCGUCACUUAUACAGCAGGGCUAGACAUUCUGAGCCUCACCACUGGUUUUGAGUCAUGCACCUUUCUCAUCGAUAACAUUCCCGAGGAUGCAAACGGCGAAGAAGUGCUGGCGUUGUUUGCGCGAGGCGGUCUGGACGUCGACCAGUUUUAUCUUGUCGAUAUUCAGACGGCCGGUGCAGGGAAGCUAAAUGCAGUGAUCGUAGCCGAUGCAAGAACUGGAGAAGCCUUAUUCACCAGUUCAGUUGAUCUCAGAUACAGGAAUGACGUACUGGGAGUCGACAUGUCCCCCCCUUGUAGUUUCAAUGGCGCGAAUGGAUCGUCGGUAUGCGAUGCGACCGCCUUAACUGUAGCUUGGCGUCCCCGCCUCGCGCAGUUUGUCCCACAAUACUUUGACGAAGCCUCCGCACUGGCCACAGUGCAGGACUCGAUUAGCGGAAGUUUCGUUCACACUUCCCUUGAUAAAACCUGUUCCGCGUGUCUAUGCCACUUCGUCGUGACUGCCCACGAGACCAAUGUGUUCCCAUUGAGAUGCACAGGAGAUGAUAGCAGCUGUAACAGGCCUGUUUCCAUCCCUACCAUUCAACAAUUCCUCGCACCGGCAGCUUUUAAUCGGUUGCUCGGGUUCGCAUUCACCUUCUAUAUAUCCCAGCGCCCAAUGGAAUUCAGGUUCUGCAAAACGCCAGACUGUGUCCAGAUCUACCGCUCUGUACCUGCUGGCGCUGUAACAGUCACCAUCCGUUGCCCAUCUUGUUCUUCCGAGAUUUGCGCAGCGUGCGAUGAUGCGCACAGAGGAGAAACGUGCGAAGAAUUCCAGACACGGAAGUUGGAGGAACGGGUAGACGCGUGGAUCAACGAUCAAGGAGGGACUGUGAAGAGGUGUCCACAAUGCCAUAUACCAAUAGAGAAGAUAGCAGGAUGCAAUCACAUGGCAUGCCGAUGUGGAGCUCAUAUUUGCUGGGAAUGUAGGGCAAUUUUCGAUGCCAACGCCGUUUACAACCACUUACGAGAAGUACAUGGGGGAUACUAGGAGGGUCAGCUCGCCUAUGCGUAGAAACUAGCACGGAUAUUUGUCCAUACUCACCGAUUCGAAUCGGCGUGGACAUGUUUCCACACUUCACCAUUGCCCUAGCCAAUGCUCUUGGCCUAU